GAGGGCCCUGCGACCGGAAACCGGAAACCGGAAGGGGGGCUGUGAGGACGUGUUCAGAGGAAGCCAGAGCCGGAGCAGUGGCCGGCCCGGCCGGCGACAUGGAGCCGCUGUACCAGCAAACGCACAAGCAGGUCCAUGAGAUCCAGUCUCGCAUGGGACGCCUGGAGACGGCAGACAAGCAGUCUGUGCAGAUAGUAGAAAACGAAAUCCAAGCAAGCAUAGACCAGAUAUUCAGCCGUCUAGAACGUCUGGAGAUUUUGUCCAGCAAGGAGCCCCCUAACAAAAGGCAAAAUGCCAAACUUCGGGUCGACCAGUUAAAGUAUGAUGUCCAGCACCUGCAGACUGCGCUCAGAAACUUCCAGCAUCGGCGCCAUGCAAGGGAGCAGCAGGAGAGACAGCGAGAAGAGCUUCUGUCUCGAACCUUCACCACUAACGACUCUGACACCACCAUACCAAUGGACGAAUCACUGCAGUUUAACUCCUCCCUCCAGAAAGUUCACCACGGCAUGGAUGACCUCAUUUUAGAUGGGCACAAUAUUUUAGAUGGACUGAGGACCCAGAGACUGACCUUGAAGGGGACUCAGAAGAAGAUCCUUGACAUUGCCAACAUGCUGGGCUUGUCCAACACAGUGAUGCGGCUCAUCGAGAAGCGGGCUUUCCAGGACAAGUACUUUAUGAUUGAGACAGGGUUUCACCGUGUUAGCCAGGCUGGUCCCAAACUCCUCACCUCAGGUGAUCCACCCGCCUCAGCCUCCCAAAGUGCUGGGAUUACAGGCGUGAGCCACUGUGCCCGACCUAGAAGUGAUUUUUGUCAGGAGACAGAAGACCUUUAGUGACUGGAGUCAAGCAGGUGGAGUGUAAAGAUCAGCUCUGCCCCUUAGCUGUGGGACCCCGAGCAAGCCACCUCACCUCUCCACACCUCUGUUCUGUCACCUUUUACAGGUCAAUAAUGCCCAUCUCACAGGGCAGCUGUGACCAGUGCGUACUGCACAGACCAGGACAUAGAAAGAUGGUAACUGAGGUUUUGUCGUGGUUGUUCAUUAGCAUUGCUUAGGACCCAGGUCUGAUCCCUUCAUUCAGCUGGUGUGAUUGUGAGUCAAGGAUCUGAUAUCCCCAAAGAAAGGACUGCAAGUAUUUGCCAGUUAGAGUUUAUUUGUUACAAGAUACGAUAUCGCACAUGUAUUCCUGUGUUUGGCAUCAGAAGACCUGAACUCAAAUCUCCAGUUCAUUACCUAUUAGGACUUGCUCACUCCCUGUUUCUCUCCCAGCCUCAGUGUCCUCAUAGGGGAAAUGGGAAUGCUAAUAAUGGCCUACUUCACAGAACUGUGGUGAAGACAAAACCAAUCAAGCACGUGGAUCAGUGAGGAUGCGCAGGGCUGCAAGCGCCAGAAAUCCCAGAAUCUUGCUGCUACGAUUGGAUACUGAUCUAAGGAGCUUAAUUAGUAAGAACUUGUGGAUGCGGGGCAGCCUGCAGAGCUGGUUGAUUUAGGGCUCAGUGACAUCAUCAAGGCUGGGCUUGGGACUGCCUAGGUUCCCUGAGAGGAGUGGAACCAUGGUGGGAAGAUGUAGCAAAGAUGAGGAUGAUGAUUGACAGGUCAGUCUGGAAUUGUUGCCUGCUAAAGUUCAUUCAUCCGUUCUUUCGGUAGCUACAAACUGGGCACCCACCAGGUACCAGUCACAGGGCUGGGCUUUGGAGAACAGACAUGACCCACCUGCAUUGUGAUCCACUGCUGUUUGAUAAAUCACCACAAAACAUGGGGGCUGACGGCAGUAGCUCUCAGUUGCUAUGCCUCACAGCUUCUCAGCAUAAGAACUGGGGACCAGGCAUGACUGGGAUAGCUGUCGCUGCUCAGUGAUGUCUGGGGCCUCAGAUGGAAGAUUCGAAGGCUGGGAGGAGAAUCAUCUGAAAGUUCACUGAUGUGGCUGGCACACAUUGUCGCUGAGCCCUGGGCUGGGACUAUCCUCUGGAACACCUGCACACGGCUUCUCCAUGGGGCCAGGGCUUCCUCAGGUCAUGGUGGCUGAGUUCCAAGGGUGAGUAUCCCAAGGGAGAGAGCAGGUGGAAUCUGUGCGCUUUCUAUGAUCAAGCCUCGGAAAUCACAGGGCCUCUGUUUUGCCAUACUACUUUGACUGUUGUGAUCACAAGCCACAUGGUCACAAGUCCCCAGCUGCCUCUCAGUGGGAAGAAUGUCGGUCACAUUCUAAGAAGAGCAGGUGGGAUGGAAUCGACACAGGGGAUGGCCAUCUUUGGAAAGUACAGUCUGCCACACUCCCCUUGAAUGAUGCUCAUGUCUAGCUGGGAAGGCAUACAUGAGCAUUCAGCAAUAUAGUGCACAAACCGUCACAUAGGUACAGGGUGCUUAGGGCCAUGGCAGAAGUAGUAUCUACUUACCCUGGGACCCUGGAGGAGGCUUUUGAUCUGAAUCUCAGAUGAGUCAGACUGCAGCCGGUGGAGCCUGGGAGGAAGGUCUCAGCAGAGGAAGUCAUCUGGCAAAGGGGUGUGCUCUGGGAAGGGCAGGAGGAUUCUGUGGCUGGAGCUCAGGCUUCAGGUUCAGUGUGGAGGAGGGAAGAAAGGGUGCAGAGGUAAGCUGGGGCCAGACGUGGGGUGCCUAAGAGCAGACUCAUUACUCCCUGCCCUCCUCCAGUCCCUGGCCCUCUGCACACAGUAGGCACUUCAUAUUGAUUGAAAUUGGAGUGAGCAGUGUGUGUGGAAGAGGAAACCAAAUCCCAAACAGAGACCGUGGAACCUCCUGGAGGCAGCAUGGGAUAGACAGGGAGAACCUACUUUCUUAUCAUAGGAACUUGAGAUUCUCUUUCUCAGUUGUUGCCUUUCUAGUAUUUUUCAGUGUCUCUGCAAGAGUUCACUGGGGCUAAGAGCAGCCCCUGAGUCACUUCUUGUUCCUAUCACUCACCCCCAGCUGGAUUCUUGGGUCUUCUUCCCUCCAUACUGGUCCCCAGAGAGUGUGGACUCUCUGCCUCUUGUAGGUAAGAAGGAGGCAGCUGGCUGAGGAGGUGGCAGGGGCACGUGAAAGGGCCACAGGGUGAGGAUGGAGAGGAGGGGAGGGAAAAGAAGGAGAUGGAGGGGGAGAAGAUGAAAUUGCUAAGUGCCGGAGCCAAAAGCCCAUACUGCAAAUUGCUUUUUCCUUCACACUUGUCCCAGGGAAAGGCUCAAUUAAAAUAGCACCUAUUGGAAGUGGAAGGGCAAUUGAACCAGGCAGCUUAUUAGGCCCGUCUCCAAGAGCAUUCAGGGGCAGCCAUGAGCUUCGGGAACUUCCACCAUGUUAACUCAGCGGGGAAGAUGACCCCGAGCAGCAAGGGCCAACGGGAUGGGGCUGCCCCCCCGUCUUGCCUGCCCGGGGCCCUGCUCAGUGGCCUGAGAGGGCGGGACUGGUCUGUGUGGGGCACUCUUCUGUGGUGGGGUAGUUCAGUGGGCUGAGACGUGGGGCUGAUGAGAUCAAAACCACCCAGUUCCAAGUCCCAGAACAGAGAAAAAGCGGGACCAGAAGUGGUUUUGGGGACUAAGCCAGACUUUCUAGGGGAGAAUGACUUGCCAAAGGUGACCCAGUCAGUUGGUGAUGAGAGAUCUGGAGUCAGAGGGGGAAGUCACCGACUCCCAAUCCAGUGCUGCUGCCCAGGGACAGUCUCACCAUGCCACGCUGUCCUAAACUAGCCUGUGGCCCUCGCCCCAAAUACAUGCCCAUGGCCUGUCACUGUACCAGGUUCAUGCCAGGCACAGCUAUUUCAGGGUGGCAGGAGCCAUGCCAAAGGCUUUUCUGGCUUGAGGGCAUCUCUCCACACCCCUCAGUUAUUGACACAAACUGGCACACACACUGCCAGACUAUGCUGUCCCUAGGAGGAGGCAGACAGAGGAGGACACAGCCCACAGGCUUGGCUGGAACGGCGGGUUCCAGAGCUACCCGCUGGCCGCCCACAGUGAAGUCUGGUAGGGGUGGCACUCUCCCCACGGAUUACCCAUUGGACCAGAGCUCAUUCACCCAGAGCCCGUUUCCAUGACAACAGCAAGCUCCUUACCCAUCAAUUUCAUCCUUAAAGAUUCCCACCCCAGCUGUCUGAGCCUGGGCUCAUCGCCCAGCUGCCGCGCCAGCCCACGUCUCCAGAUCACAGGUUUAGCAGUGACUUGUCAAACUGCCAGAGAGAGCCUCCUGGGAGGUGCCUGGUAACUGGCAUAGCCCUUGAAAACCACCAUAUAAUCACCUGCUAAUUGGAUUAGGGACUUGUUCCCAGGGACUUUCUUUUGCCCCCAUGUUGAGGCCACCCUACUCCAUUCUUCUAGAACUUAGCAUUGGAGAGCUUCCCCAUUACCCUCUGCGCAACCUCCCAGGCCAGGGUAAUGCUGACUUCCCCGAAGUCAGAUACUGACACAAGGGGAAAAGGAAACCUCCAGUUUUCUGGGGCCCAGGUACACUCAGAGAGGAAAAUCUCCCCAGGGUGGGAGAACACACAGGGCCCCCUCUUCCCCACCUCUGCCCGCCAGCCCUGCUCUCAGCCUUGCAAGAAAAGCUGGCUUUUCCCUUGGGGCUUUUGCCUCCCUGCUUCUCACCACUAGACAUCACCUCCCUCGCAGCCCAGCUCCAUGUUCACCCCCACCAGGAAGUCUUCCUUUCUAAACCGUUUUUCUCUGCAUCCUCUCAGAGUGGCUAUAUUUGGUUCCUGCAAUAUAACUUCGUAUAUAUUGCAUCAGGGAGAGGGGGAGAUUCCUGAAGCUGGUUUUUAAAAAAUUUUUUCUGAAGCUAUUUUUUUGGUGCAUUUUCUUUCUAUUCCAGAAAAUUCUUAUAGUGGGUGGAUGUCAUUUAUCUACUCAGCAUCUCGUCUUUGGACUACAAAUCCUUAUCCCCUUCUGCUGGUACCAUUGUCUCUCCUUCCUGUGGAAAACCUGUGCCACGGGACUGAGUGGGGGCUGCCUCCUCCAGCAGGGUCAGCGCCUGAAGCAGGCCUGGUCCAUGCAGGACUGGGUCAGCAGCCCACAGCAGUCAGUUCAGGGUGACCACAUGACUGUGCGGAGAGCCCAUCAGAAUCUUCCCUGGAAUUCCCAUAGACACUGCUGGUUUCCUGACCAACAUCCAUUCCUCCCCUGUUCUCACUAGCUACACGCCACUUUUGUUGAUCUAGCAAGAAGUCCAGUUGAAGAUAUUUGUGCCUCUAGACUUUCUUGCAGGUAGGGGUCAUGUCACCCAGUUCUGGUCAAUAAUAUAUGGGCAGAAGUUGCUAGGAGAGACUUCUGGGAAAGGGUUUCAAAAGGAACAUGGCUCCUUUAGUCCAAUCUUAACUGAUGGCUGAGAUGGAGACAUCUUAACCUUUUAUUCCAGCCAUGUGAGAGAGGCCACCUGAGAAUAAAGUGAUCCAAGAAGAAAGCAAAACACACACACACACAUUGAGAGAGAGAGAGAGAGAGAGAGAGAGAGAGAGAGAGAGAGGGCAAGAGAGAGAGAGGGCAAUAUCAAUUAAGCCCCUAGAUUCAGCCAUGCCUGAAGCCUCAGAACUUCCCAAUUUGGAGAGCCAAUCAAUAAAUCCUUUUCCUACUUAAGCUGGUUUGCACUGCGUCUCCAUCUCUUUCAGUGAAAGACCCCUCAGUGCAAACCUCCACAAGACCAAACCCAUGUCUUUCCCUGCCUCUGUUCUCCCCUCCCAAGCUACCCCACAUAAGAUGCUAGAUGCAAAGCUCGCAUCUUAUGUUCAUUCAGAUGACUCUGAGCCCCCCCAAUUCUUAACGAGUCAAAUAAAGGCUUGAAAAGACUUGA